UCCCACUCUAGUUUAUAACCUUCUCUCACUCCAUGAAAGACAGCACAAAGACAAGCAGCAAGAUGACGGGCCUUCUGUUUUUGGGGAUUGUGUUCUCAGCUUUCCAAAUCAGCUAUUCCAACAUUCCAGAAUUCUGUCGACUACCUGCUGAUUCGGGCCAGGGAACAAGCUUCAACUUUGCUGUGUAUUAUGAUGCCAGCAAAGAUCAGUGCAGUCCUUUCCUGUACAACGGUGAAGGGGGAAAUGCUAACCGUUUCCAAAAUGAAAGAGAGUGCUUGAGAAACUGUUCAGUCAAUGCAGAAAAUGUCUACCCUAUGGAUGCUAGGAAAGCUUGCCACUUUAAAAAGUUGGAAGGUACAUGCAAUGGAAAUUAUUUGAGAUACUACUAUGACUCCGUUUAUGACAAAUGCAAAAGAUUCAUUUGGACUGGAUGCAUCGGAAAUGGAAACAGAUUUUUUGACUUCAACAGCUGCAACUCCACCUGUGCUGGCAUCCAUGAUGAUGGUAAUGAGCCAGAGGAGCAUGAGUCAGACACUCCAAUCGCGAUCAUCUGUGGAGUUUUGCUUGCACUUAUCGUUGUUGCUAUCAUCGGAACGGUGGUUUUCCUAACUCUUAAGUCAAAGAAAAAGAAGAAGGGUGCUGGGAAAAGUAAAGAGCCCCAGGCUGACGCGCCUCUUCAGGCAGAGAGAGACAUUGAAAUGUCAUAGAAAACUUCAAAGAGCAACAUUUAGAUUUUACCAGCUUGGUUUUGGGCAAAUAUCUGUCCACUAGUUUUGAUUUCCGUAUAAUAGUCAUUACAUUGUUGACAUAUUGUGUUUUAUUUCAUUUCUAUCUCUUUAAUUACUUUUUAAGCUUUGAUCAAUAGAAUUAGUCAUUGUUAAAUAAAUAGAAAAUAGAUUGUUGUAAUAGUAGCAGUAGUUAAACAAUCAAAAAAAAAAAAAAACCCCUAAAAGACUUGCAUCAAUAAUUUGGGGUAAAAAAUUAAACAUUGGGGGGGCAAAAUCAUUAGAACCCAGGCAGUGUUUUACACAAGCAUUCAAACAUAGGCAGGAGACAGGAAACAAGUUCACGUUCGUUUGUUGUUUGAAAGGCUGUUAGUAGUUUGAGCUCAUAAUCAUUUCACUGUUUCCAAAACUGCAUCGACACCUGGUGAUUUGAUGAAAAACCGUCUGAAGUCUGAAUGCACGUGCCAAUUCAAAGCCCAGCACGUAUAUUUAGAACUGUUUUUUGUACAGUGAUGUCUUAUGCACUCUCUGUGAUUAUGUUUUCUUACUCAGCAUUUGUAACUCUUGCACAGGCAGUAAGGAUCUAAAUAUAAAAAACACAUUCCUUCCUAUCUUCUCACAUUUUCAUAUUCUUCAUUAAGUAUUGCUUUAUUUUGUAUUGCAUUCAGGGUAUAAAAAGUAUUCACAGAACAUGCAAUGUUUGGUUUUAAUAAAUGUGCUGGUAAAAAUUGAUUUUAAUUUCUUUUUCUAUUUUUUGUUAGUCAGGAGGGAUAAAUGUUCAUAAAACAUUGGAAAUAUCCUGAGCGCUGUUUUACAUUACAGGGUGUUCUUUUUAAGGUGCUUUUGUACUGUUUGAGUUGGAGCAAAGUUGAAAAGUGAUCAAAUUCAACUGUAACGUUGUCUGAUUGGUUCAAUAAAAGAUGCUGUUUCUUUUA